AUGGCUCCUCGAACAGACUUCCCUCCCGUGAGAGCCUGCCUCUUCGACAUGGACGGCCUCCUGCUCGACACCGAGGACAUCUACACGCAGUGCAUCAACGUCAUCCUCAAGGAGCACUCGCAAACCCGCCCCGAGCUCCCCUGGGACGUCAAGGCCAAGCUCCAGGGCCGCCCCGGCCCCGCGGCCACCCAGAUCCUCCUCGAAUGGGCCGACCUCAAGCUCACGCCCGAGGAGUACCUGGCCCGCAUCGUCACCCUUCACCAGGAGCGCUUCCCGACCACCAGGCCCCUCGCCGGCGUCCCCGAGCUGCUCGCCAACCUCGCCAAGACGCAGAAGCAUCAGCAGAAGCCCGUGCACAUUGCCCUCGCCACGAGCUCCCACCUGGCCAACUUCAAGCUCAAGACGGACCACCUGACGGAGCUCUUCUCCGUCUUCCCCGACGAGCGCCGCGUCCUGGGCGACGACCAGCGGCUGAAGCCCGGCCGCGGCAAGCCCCUGCCCGACAUCUUCCUCCUGGCCCUCGACACCAUCAACGCCUCUCUUCCCGAGGGCGAAGAGCCCAUCAAGCCCGAGGAGUGCCUCGUCUUUGAGGACUCCGUCCCGGGCGUCGAGGCCGGCCGUCGCGCCGGCAUGCGCGUGAUUUGGUGCCCGCACAAGGAGCUCAAGGCGCUCUACGCCGGCCGCGAGGCCGAGGUGCUUGCCGGCCGGACGGGCGAGGCUGGAGACGUCGAUAUGCAUCAGGUUGGCGAGCUGGAUGAUGGCUGGGGCGAGUACCUUGCCAGCCUGGAGGAUUUCCCGUAUGAAAAGUACGGCAUCGUGGUUCCGCAGUGA